AUGGAAGCAACCUUCGUCAUCAUUGGGGGAGGAAUAUCCGGCGUAUCCUGUGCGAAGAGCCUGGCGUUCCUCGCCCCAGAGGAGUCAGUCCUCCUGAUCACAGCCAACUCUCUCAUUAAGCUGGUAACAAACAUCGUUCCCCUGGGGAAAGUCUCCAUGCAGCUGAACAUCUCCGAGGAUUCAUCAGGAUCUCUGACCUCAGAGAACCCCUCGAUAAAAAUUCUGAACGAUACGGUGAGUAAGAUAAACCCGACAGAAAAAACCCUGGAGACUGCGAACAACGUGACAAUAAAAUUCAAGAAACUGUGCAUCUGCACAGGAGCCAGACCUCGUCUGAUCUGCGACAACAAUCCCUACGUCCUGGGCAUUCGUGACACAGAAUCAGUAGAGAACUUCUCUAGCCGAAUAUCGAAGGCGAGGAAGAUAGUCGUCGUGGGUAAUGGAGGAAUAGCCACUGAGAUUGUCUACAAGAUCAGAAACGUGGAGAUUGUGUGGGUGAUAAAGGACAAGCACAUUUCAGCGACGUUCGUUGAUCCUGGGGCUGCUGAGUUUUUUCAGUCGAAGUUAUUUGGAAAAGAAUCAUCAAGUGAAGACAGCAAAGACAACGAUCAUCUCUGUAAGAGGAUUAAGUACAAAGCGACGAAGGUAGGCAGUGGUGAGAGAGGAGUGGAGGGAGCAGCCCUGGGCCCUGAUUGGCAGCAAAUAUUCACCUCGAGAGGUCUGGAAAGCACCAGCAAAGUGGAAAUUGAGUACGAGUGCGAAGUGUCUAGGGUGAUGAGCCCGGAUGCUGCGGGAUCUACUGACUGGCCAGUCUUUGCUGAGCUGACGAAUGGAAAAGUCAUUGGAUGUGACUUCAUUGUUUCAGCGACAGGUGUCCGGCCAAAUACAGAUAUAGUCGGUCUGGUGGACGUUGAGAAGAGUGAGGACGGGGGAGUUUUGGUGGAUUGGAAACUAGAAACAUCGUGUGAGGGUAUUUAUGCAGCUGGGGACGCGUGCACUGCCAAUUGGGAAUUGUCUGAAAAUUGGUUCCAGAUGCGACUGUGGACUCAGGCUUAUCAGAUGGGCUGCUAUGCUGCCAAAUCCAUGGUCUCCACGCUCAGAGGUGAAUACUUUCUCCAGGAUUUUUGUUUUGAGUUGUUCACACAUGUCACCAGGUUCUUUGGGUAUAAAAUCGUUCUUCUGGGGUUGUAUAAUGGACAGAAACUCUCGGGGGAUUAUGAGAUUCUUCUCAGGGUGACUAAGGAUGAGGAGUACAUUAAGCUUGUGCUGAAGGAGGGAAAGCUGCAGGGGGCUGUACUCAUUGGAGAUACAGAUCUCGAGGAAAUGUGCGAGAACCUCAUUCUUAAUCAGCUGGAUGUGUCUAUCUAUGGGGAAGAUUUGCUCGAUCCUAAUAUUGAUAUUGAGGACUAUUUUGAUUGAAGGGGACUUUCCUUGUUGUUCUUUGGAGUGUUAUGUUUAGGGUUGUUGGGGAUAAUCAUUGAGUUGUAGAUGAGGAGAUCAAUUCCACGUUCAUUUGUAUUUGUUGUAAACAUUCGUCAUGAAUAAAGAAGAAUAAUGAGGA